GGAAAGAGAAGAUGAAGAAGAAGAUAACCCGGCGGUAGCGCCAUAAUAAACAUGUCGUGUUAGUGAGUCCAGCCAGAGAAUGAUAUAAUGCUGGCUAUAUAAAACAAUAAACAUGUUUCUUACAUCGUUUGUACAUCAUCUGUUCUCUAGCUAAUACACCUCACCAGAUAUGCGUUCAUCGCGGCCAGAGAGCCAGGGCCAGGUGGGAGAUCUGAGGAGCAAGACCAGAGAGGAACUCCAGGAACUCCUGGUGCGACAGGAGCACAUCCUAUCAAACAGGCGCUUCCUCCGCAGUCUCCCAGACGGCGGGAGGAAGAUCUCCGACUUUGCUGAGAGAGUUCGCCUCGCCCUUGUUGAGCGCGACGAAGAGAAACAAAGACCACGCCUGCUGUUUUCUGUGGGGACAGAAUUACAGUCCAAGUACCAGCAGGCUUUCUCUCAGCGACAGCAUGGGGGCGACCCCGGCGCCGGGACGUCCUCUAACAGCAGGCCGGUCGAGGGUGCUGCUGCGGGACAGAUGGACGUGUCUCACUCCGAUCACUCCAGAGUGACCGUUGGAGCUGAGCAGACGCCCGCGGCUGGGCUGGCCUCCGGCGCCACCGGAGAGAGAGACCUCAUUCAGGCCCUGGAGAAGGUCUCGCUGUCGGACGCGUCCAGCAGCAGGGCGCCCCCGGAGGCCUCGAGGAGCGACGCAGAGAGGGGCGACGUGUUCCUCAGAACGCCGCCGCACACCAAACCCAACUACCUGGAGGUCCUGGAGAGGACGGAGAGGGCGUCGGGCGACCGCAAGCAGAGAUUCAAACCAAAUCACCUUAGCCCCAGCGCAGAGCAUCACUCCUCCUCAGAGUCACUGUCGGGUGAUCAACCUCUCAGACGGACGCCGCCCCUCUCUGCAGAAGCACGGAAGGAGAGGGACAGGAAGCACCUCGAUGACAUCACCGCUGCCAGGCAGCCGCCCCUCCACCACAGCCCCGCCCUGCUGCUCUCCCUGGAGGAGUCGGCCUCGCUGCUGGAGGACCAGGCCCGCAAACACCAGGAGCUCCAGUCCAGAAUAGCGAGCCAGAAGCUGAGUGAAGCGCUGAAGGUCUCCAUGGGGAGCUUCGUUCCUGAGACCGGGCCCCAGGCCGCCUACAGAGAGGCCCCCGCCGAUGAGGACCAGCCUUCCUCAGAAGAGGACUAGCCCACAGAGGUCCCCCCCGAUGAAGACCAGCCUUCCUCAGAAGAGGACUAGCCCACAGAGAGGUCCCCCCCGAUGAGGACCAGCCGUCCUCAGAAGAGGACUAGCCCACAGAGAGGUCCCCCCCGAUGAAGACCAGCCGUCCUCAGAAGAGGACCAGUCACUGUGGUGGGGUUCUGGGUAAACCAGGCCUAGACCUCUGUGUCUGUGUCUCAUGUUUCCGGGCCGGAUCCCUGGUUCUGGUUAGUCCUUCUGGAGAGGAGCUUUUAUCCCGGGCUGCGGGAGAUCGAUUGUGAACUCAGGUGAUGAAUCAGGAGCAGCUCGAUAACUUGGUCACACCUGGCUCAGUUUCAGCUCAUUUGAAAAUAUAAUAAUUCAAAGUCAAAAUGUUUAGUGUUUCACAUUCACCAUGACAUAUGGCAUAUGAAAUAUGACAUUGUUUUUAUUUAUUUGUCAAAAAAAUCAUAUCGGUAAAUUUUAUCUGUUCUCAUGAUUGCAAUCGAAUCGUUAUUGUGAUUUAAAAUUGCAAACUAUAAAAUCAACAAUUUGAUACCAUACUUAAAUGCCCAAAAGCAGACUUUUAUUUGGUGUUUUGUUUCAACACAUUAAGAACCGUGCCAGAUGUGUUCAGAUAUGACAAGUCCUGUGAGACGAUGGAGCGCUCAAUAAAAUAAUCUACUUUUGUAAACAUUCCUUCUGUGUGAGAAAUGA